GGUUUAUAGUAGCCCCCUGCCUUGCUUCCCAGGUGUUUUUCAGUGCUGAUUUUCCCUGGGUUUUUUUUUGCAGGUGGGAUUUGAUGAUGUGUUUAGAAGCAGGGAGAGGGUUUGCACUGAUGUUUGUGUUCUGCAUGUGACAGGCAAUCCGGAUCAUCCAGGCUGUCCUGGAGAAGUAUGGCACCUAUGAGAGCUUUGAGGUGGCCACGGGUGGCAGGCUGCUGAGCAAGUGCCAGAUCUGGUCCGUGAUCCGAAAGUACAUGCAGAAGGAAGGCUGCGUGGGAGAGGUGGUGGUGCAGCUCACAGAUGACCUCCUGUCCCAGGCAGUGAUGAUGGUGGAGGACAGCCGACCAACACUGGCCAUCAACCUGGCUGGAGCCCGGCAGCACUGGCUGGAGGGGAUGCUGCGCCACGAGAUCGGCACCCACUACAUCCGGGGGUGAACAACACCCGUCAGCCCCUGGCACAGCUCCGAGGGUCGGAAGCAGUACAGCCUGAAGCCCGCCAACCCCACGGAGGAAGGCUUGGCCAGCCUGCACAGCGUCCUGUUCCGCAAGCAGCCCUUCCUCUGGAGGGCAGCCCUGCUCUACUACACCAUCGAGAGAGCCAGCCACCUCUCCUUCUCCGCCCUUUUCCAGGACCUGGAGCAGUACGUCCAGGAUGCCGGGAUCCGGUGGGAAUACUGCGUGCGGGCCAAGCGGGGACAGACAGACACCUCCCAGCCAGGCUGUUUCAGUAAGGACCAGGUCUAUCUGGACGGCAUCCUCCGCAUCCUGCGCCAUCGGCAGAGCAUCGACUUCCCUCUGCUGGCUGCGCUUGGAAAGGUCUCCUAUGAAGAUGUGAAUCGGCUGAAGGAAUUCGGGGUGCUGGAGAAGACCCGCAUCCCCCAUUUCAUGCAGGACCUGGGACGGUACAUGAAGCAGCUGGACCACAUCCUCAUCACCAACGGCCUGAACGAGGAGGAGCUGGAGCAGCUGCUGCCUGACUGAGGGACACUGCACCCCGAGGGCAGCACUGCUGCCACUUCUUGGAGAUUCCUGAGGAUGGAGCCUGGAGGGCAGAGCCCGGGCCCCUCCUGUGCAUGUACAGCUGGGCAGAGCAGCGUGGCCAAGCAGGCUGGGGGGGGACAGUAUCCAUGUGUCCUGUCCCCACUGUCCCCUGAGCAUUUGGGGACAGUUUGGUGGGGCUUUGGGGAAGCCAGAGAAAAGGGUUCAGUGGAGUAGCAGAGCUGUUGUAGGUCCCCAGAGGUGCAGGAGGCCGUGCUGGGGUGAUUGCAAUGCAGGGUGGUCCCAGCAGUGGGGGCAAUGGUUGGAGCUGGAGGCUCCAGGCUGUGCCUGACAGGGAGUGAAGGCUGUCCCACACCCCCCCAUCACCCCACAUCUCCAGUUCCCACUCCCUGCCCCUUCCCUCACACCACCCACCAGCAGCAGGAAGGACUUCAGUCCCCCACAUACCAAUUUCUACUCUCCCCCUGAGACUGCUCUGCACCCCAACUUCCCCUGAGGCACAGGAAGACUCAAGGUGGGGGGGGGGAUCAGGCUUGAUGCUAGGAAAACAUGUAAUAAAAAUGAUGUCA